ACUGCUCAUCGAUCGAUCCUCUCCUUUGACUGUAGCUUUGCCUAGCUAGGCUCACAAGCUCAAGCUCUCUCUCUCUCUCGAUUAGCAAUGUCGUCGAGCCGGCGGAGCCGUACAUCGUCGAGAUUGGCGGCGGCGCCGCCGCCGACGGAUGAGCAGAUGGCGGAGCUCAUCUCGAAGCUGCAGGCCGUCCUCCCCACCCGCGGCGGCGAGGCCAAUGCCAAGCAGGCGUCAAGUGCCGAGGUGCUGCAGGAGGCGUGCCGCUACAUCCGGAGGCUUCACCGGGAGGCGGACGCCCUCAGCGAGAGGCUCGCCGAGCUCCUCCUCCUCCAGCCGUCCGAUCUCGCCAUCAACGGCGCAGAUGUGCCCGACCUCAUCCGUAGCCUACUCAUGUAAUGCAUCAAUAUAUAUGCUGUCGGCCUAAAAUGUUCUCUAGCUUCUUCAUCUGUAGUAGCACAGAUUAAUUCAGCAAAUGAAACCAAAAAAAAAAAGAGAGUUACUCAGAGUAAGCCUUGUCAUCUACUAUGUAAUUAUAAGCAAGCAUAAAUCAUAAUUCAUGUGUUAUUGAUCAUUUUUAUGGAGUAA